UUUUUUGACUGGAGGGAGGGAUCUUUUGAAGUACAUAUAGGGCCUGAACUCAGUAGGAAAAGUUGUACAGACACACUUACUGAGUGGCAGCAGUGAAACCUUCAUUAUCAUAAUCACUAAAACAUCCAGUAAUCAACAACAUUAAACUAUCCUGAGGCAUAAUGGGAAGACAGAAAGUGCUCCUGGAAAAGAUAGCUCGGAUCUUUCAGGUUCGGAAUAUGCUGAUGCGACAGGCACUGGCAGAAUGCCUGGGCACCCUCGUUCUAGUGAUGUUUGGUUGUGGUGCUGUUGCCCAGUUGAUUCUUAGUGGAGGCUCUCAUGGAAUGUUCCUGACAGUGAAUUUUGCUUUUGGAUUCGCUGCUACUUUGGGGAUCCUAGUUUGUGGCCAAAUUUCAGGAGGUCAUAUAAAUCCUACUGUGACUUUUUCCCUGUGUUUGUUGGGGAGAGAGCCCUGGAGGAAGUUUCCUGUCUACUUCCUGUCCCAGACUCUGGGGGCCUUUCUUGGCUCAGGAAUAAUAUUUGGCAUGUAUUUUGAUGCACUGUGGGAAUAUGGACAAGGCUCUUUCGUCGUUGUAGGGGACAAUGCAACAGCUGGAAUUUUUGCGACAUACCCCUCUAAGCACCUUAAUUUGCUCAAUGGCUUUUUUGAUCAGAUGAUUGGCACUGCAGCUUUGAUCGUAUGUAUCCUAGCCAUUGUCGACCCCUACAAUAACCCAAUCCCACGAGGACUGGAGGCUUUCACUGUGGGGUUUGUGGUUCUGGUGAUUGGUCUGGCCAUGGGUUUUAACUCAGGUUAUGCUGUAAACCCAGCCAGAGACCUGGGACCUCGGAUCUUUACGGCACUUGCUGGAUGGGGCUCAGAGGUGUUCUCAGCAAACUCUUACUGGUCCUUUGUACCCGUCUUUGCCCCAUUCAUUGGUGCCAUGAUUGGUGUGAUGGUGUAUCAGCUGAUGGUGGGAUAUCAUGUGGAAGGAGAAGCGAGAGAUAAAAGGGAAGCUGUUGAAAGAGAAGACAAGGAAAGACUCAAACUCUCUGCUAUUUCUGAGAAGGAGACAGCAUAAGUCUUGGCUAAAAUUGAAUAAUCUUCUACAGUUCUGUUCAGCCCUAAAAUUAAAUUCAUGUUCAGACAGAGGUCGAUAUAUUGCACCAAUAUCCUGGAAUUUUGUUCUGAAGGGAAACAAUUUGGAACUGGCAAAAGACAAUUUAAAUCCUAACCUUUGACAGCAACUGGGCAGCUGUGCCCUUGACAUUAUGAUUAAACUCAAACUAAUUGUUCUUGUAUUAUUAUGCACAAUCAGUUGAUGUUCUCCCAAUUUAAUUAAUGAGCCAUAAAUUACAUAUCAUUCUACUAAUCCCGACCAGCUUGCAUUAACAUCUCUGUUUUUUGUAUCUUUUAGUUAUCUUUUUAAAUUUUUCAAAUAUUUGUACAACCAUAUCCUAAAUUAAUUCAACCAAUCAACCAAAAAGUAAAUUGUUGUCACACAUUAAAUUUGUUGCUUAUGCUUAUAUCUGUAUAAUGAAAAUCUUCAUAAUUCUUAUGCCUACUGCAUCAAAAUCACUGAGUACCUGUUUUAGGACUUUAGUAUCAUUUCUUAACAGUUCAUAUAUGACAACGUUCUAUGUUGAUUAUCGUGUUUCUUUUAUACUACACACUCUCAUGGCGAAAUCGUAAGGAUUUGUAUUACUUUUCUAAAUUCGUCUAAUUCGUAUUAUAUCAUAUGACUACACCUAUAUGAAUUCGUAUGACUUUCACUAAAGCCAAUGACAUCGCUGGACAUCGUUUCCAUCUAAUACUCGACAAUUACUUGCUCCUGCCACACACAGCAGCUUCCUAGCAUGUUUUACACAAUUUAGACAAGGGGUUUAGGGAAGGGCAUAAUAUUAAUAAUGUCCUUAACGCCUUGUGCGCGAAACACACGCUUACUUCUGCAUUAGACAUCCGGGCAUUUGCACAAGAUGAAAUCAUACAAAUUUAUACGAAUGAACUCAUACAGAAUCAUACGAAAUAGCCAACUUGUAAAAUAUGUAUGAAUUUUCAUGAGACUGGGUUGUUUUAUAUGCUCUUGUGGGAAUGAAUUUGUUUUGAAAAUGUUGUGAUCUAAUACAUGCAAAGUUACAGUAACAAUGAGUUUACACUGACUAUGCAUUUGAUAAAUAUUUUGAAAUAAAUUCCAUUUUGCUUAA